UGCGUGUGUUGAUAGCUUGGCACGCCACUUCCCUGGAACCGUUGCUGCUUCCAGUGUUUCCUCCUGAAGUCUUUGAUCACUACCCAGUCACCGGGCUUGAAGUGGUGUUGUGGUGCAUCAGCUGGCGUCUGCAGUACGGCUUUCCCCUGAGAGUGGAUAGCUGAGAGGGAGACUGAAAGACUUAUACAGUAGUUCAACAAAAGUCACAUACUUCAGGAUACUUGCUGCAGAGCUGACCUUCUAGGAAAGAGUUGGCAUUCCCAUGAGCAAUGGAGAAAAUCUAUGACAAUGCUGUUGAUGUCAAAACCCUAAGCUCAAGCUCAUCAACAAUACAAGAAGGUCCCAGGAGACUUCUCAGAGCGUCUGUUCUCGGUCUGGGGCUGCUGAGUGUUUUCCUGCUGGCUGGACUCAUCGGCCUCGCUGUCCACUAUCAUAACUCAGUAGGUGUUAGAGAUCAGCGGAUCAACCAGCUGGUGGACCGACUUCAGAGUUUGAUGGCAAAAACAUGUCCUGAAGGAUGGAGGAUGUUCGGUUGUUCCUGUUAUAACCUCUCUACUGAGAAAGCUUCUUGGGAACAAAGCAGAGACAACUGCAGAGCCAGAGGAGCACAUCUGGUGACCGUAGACAGUAAUAAAAAACAGGAAUUCAUCUCUAGCAUGAUCAAGGAAGCACUUGGAUUGGUUUGGGACGAAACACAGCCGGAUAAUGGAGAAGGGGAUCGAAAGAUUGGCGAAGAGGACUGUGUAAACAUCAGUCCCUCCGCCUGGUGGAACGACGGUCCUGUGAGGACCAUCUGCAUUGGAUCU